GUUAUAAAGACAAAAAGGCACUGCUUUCUGAGAAGUGCGAGUGGCUUCUUUGGCUUGUGCUAUUACCUUCAUUCCAGAAUGUCACUCUUCUUGUAUCUGAUUCAUUUUUUACUUGGGCUUCAUGCUACAACCAAUGGUGCACCACCUAGGAGCUCUGAAGGCAAAGUACCUACAUGCUAUUUGCCACAACAAAAUGACACUCUCUAUAAAAUGUCAUCUAUCAAUGCUGAUUUUGCAUUCAACCUGUACCGGAAGUUCACUGUGGAGACCCAGGAUCAGAACAUCUUCUUUUCCCCCGUGAGCAUUUCUGCAGCGUUGGCUAUGCUUUCAUUUGGAGCUGGCUCCAGCACCCAAACUCAGAUCCUGGAAGUCUUGGGGUUCAACCUCACAGAUACUUCAAUGGCAGAGAUACAGCAGGGCUUCCAGCACCUGAUAUGUUCACUGAAUUUUCCAAAGAAAGGACUGGAAUUGCAAAUAAGAAAUGCCCUCUUCAUUGGGAAGAAGCUGAAACCAUUGCCAAAGUUCCUGGAUAGUGUCAAGACCCUAUAUGAGACUGAUGUGUUUUCUACAGACUUUUCCAAUGUUUCUGCAGCCCAACAAGCAAUCAAUAGUCAGGUGGAGAAGCGAACUAAAGGGAAAAUUGUGGACCUAAUCCAAGACCUCAAAUUGAAUGCCAUCAUGGUCCUGGUGAACUAUAUUCACUUUAAAGCACAGUGGGCAAAUCCUUUUCAUCCAUCCAAGACAGAAGACAGUUCCAACUUCUUAGUGGAUAAGACCAUCAUAGUGAAAGUGCCCAUGAUGCAUCAGGUAGAGCAAUACCAUUACUUGGUGGAUAUGGAACUGAACUGCACAGUGCUGCAAAUGGACUACAACAAAAAUUCUCUGGCUCUCUUUGUCCUUCCCAAUAAGGGACAGAUGGAAUGGGUCGAAGCAUCCAUGUCAUCUAAAACACUGAAGAAAUGGAACCGCUUACUACAGAAGGGGUGGGUUAAUAUUUUUGUUCCAAAAUUUUCCAUUUCUGCCACACAUGACCUUAGAAUCAUGCUUUUAAAGAUGGGCAUUGAAGAUGCCUUUGCUGACAAUGCUGAUUUUUCUGGACUCACAGAUGACAACGGUCUAAAACUUUCCUAUGGGAGAAGAUCGAAUCCUGGAAGAACUGGCUGUGGAAGAGGGUAAUCGUGUGACUAAGCACUGAGAUAGUCAAUAAGUGUUUCAUUAGUAUCCAAAGCACAGGAAGGUUCUAUAUUAGUGUAUUCCUCAGAUUUACCACGAGUCAGUUAACUACAGGAAAUAUGAUUUAGAUGACAAAUGUCUUUGCCUUUGCCCUCUGGAGAAUGGUGGAGAUGCAGGCCCUGCCUAUCUAUUUCAAUAAUAAUAAUAUCAAAAAAUGUUAAAUUAUACAAAUGUUGUGGCUUAGAUUUGAACUUUUCGACCUUCUUCCCUCCAAAUCAUUGGAAGAAUUCUCUAUGUUCUUGCCAGAAUUUCCAUUGCUAGGUUCUCCUGCUAUAUGGCUAAAUGACAGACUGAGAUUUUAUGCUUAGGGAUGUAGCUUUUGUGUCCUAAUAAACUUAGGAGAGAAAACAAGAGUGAAAUAAACUCCUUUGUACAAGCCUACUUCCUUCACCAAAAUGUUUUCAUCUUGCUAAUUUGUUUUAUUUAUUUAUUUUGGAUUAUAAUAUUGGUAUUAUAAAAGUGUAAUUUCUCUCAAAAUCAGUAUAGAGGGCCGGGGAAUUAGCUCAGUGGUUCUACUGCCUGCCUUGCAAGCGCAAACAAUUAAGAGAAGGUGGAUUAAAAGAGGCAGAGAGAAGUAGUGUGAUUUUGAGAAAUUUGUGCUUUCUUU